GGCGGCGAUCAGCCCGUCGACGACGCAGACUCAGUCGCGGACCUCUCGCCGGACUGUCAAGUGUCUGUCAGCCUCCCCCUUCGAUCCAGUGCGCGGAAGAGAGGCAGGCUUUUCAGCCGGAAAUCAAGGGCGUUCUGCAGCGAUACAUCUUCGAGCUCCUGCUGGCUGCUGAGCCGACGGGACGACGCGUAUUUCUGCUGCGCGGAACAACCAUGUAAAGCGACACGCUAUCGGACAGUCGGUCUCUGUUGCCAAGCAUCCUCCAACCCCCCAUAGCUCGAUGAUAAACGGCCGCUCUCCUGCGCAGAUACGGCAUUGUGCAUGCAGCGCGGAGCUGCAGAGAGAGAGAGGGAGAGAGGGAGAGCACAGGCGCGUACUCGCCGCAGGUGCAGCAGCUGCGAGCAGUGCGGAGAGCCAGAGGAUCCAGAGACGUACGUCUAUCCAAGCGCCUGAUUCAGCGCAGCCGGCAUGACGCGACCACCGAACAACGACAACCUCAUGACCUUCAAGCUCGUCGUCGUCGGGGACGGCGGCGUGGGCAAGAGCGCCCUGACCAUCCAGUUCUUCCAGAAGCUCUUCGUCACCGACUACGACCCCACCAUCGAGGACAGCUACAUCCAGCACACCGAGGUCGACAAGCAGUGGUGCAUCUUGGACGUCCUCGACACGGCGGGCCAGGAGGAGUUCAGUGCCAUGAGAGAGCAGUACAUGCGCAAGGGCGACGGCUUCCUCUUGGUCUACUCCGUCACCGACAAGCAGUCCUACGAGAACAUCGUCAAUUUUUACACCCAAAUCCUGCGCGUCAAGGACAGGGACGUCUACCCGAUGCUCCUCGUCGCCAACAAGGUCGACCUGGUCCAUCUGAGGAAGGUCACCGAGGAGCAGGGCAGAGAGCUGGCGCACCGUCUGGGCAUCCCCUACAUCGAGACCUCCGCCAAGGAUCCACCUCUGAACGUCGAUGCGGCUUUUCACGAGGUUGUGCGCAUCAUCAGGAACCAGCCACCCGCUGAACUGGAGAAGAACCGCCGGAAGCGGCGGCGCUCGGCAAAGUGCGCUAUUUUGUAAUUUUCCCGAGAGUAUUUUUACUCAUCGACGACGAACCACUGUACGCCACACAACGACGAUCAAAUCGUUCGACAUCCGAGAAUCUCACUAUGUUAUUUUAACUUCUUUCAGAUUUAGUCAAUUCUAGUCCGAGCAUGAUCGCGCGAUUCUUUAUACCAUUCUUCCCUGUCAGAUUCACUUGGCACGUGGCACAACGGACGCGCAAAUCAUUGGUGAUUCGAUUAGACUAUCACCGAACGCUGCUCUCCCACACUUCUGUCUAGUCGAAAAUUUGUAAAAAACGUGAAAAACGAAUAAUGGACUGUGCGCAUUAUAUCUGCCGAUGAAAAGGAAUUGAUGAUCAUUUUCUCAUUGACUCUGCAUGGGAGACUAAUCAGGAAGUAUCUUGUAAAACGUCGUCAUCAAAUGACUAUAAUAAUUUUACACGCGUCUCUGUUAUUGUGUUUACUUGAUUGUAAAGAUUUAUAAAUAUUAUAUACCCUAGUGAAUGUUUAUAUAAGUGUAUCGACGAAAUUAGAGGAAGAAAUCCAAUAUAUAGUUUAUACAUUAUUAAUUCCAUUCUACUCCGCUGCUUUCAGUUUUUAUCGCGGUUACUCUAUUGUACCACAGUCGCCCCCAAAAAUGGCAAACAAGUUCGGUAUUUUAGAUCGACUUUUCACGUGUAUUAGGUAUUAUCGACUGCCUGCGCGAAAAUUUGCAUGUUUCAUGAGCGGAAUAUAUAUAUGUACACACACCUAUGAGCUGUCGAAUGUAUCGAUGUAAGGCAAUAUUAUUUUUUUAUAUUGAAUAGUAGCAUUCGCUAGACAUUUGUUGACAAAAUAGAUGGUACUAUCAUUCCUAUAUAGUUAUAUCGGAGGAGUAAUACUUUUCUACGCUUCGUUUGAACUGAGAUAAUUUGUACAGUGGGACAAAUUUUUUACAUUGAAUUUUAAAAGAUGAUAAUUAUUUUUCUAAAACGCCGUAUAUUCGAGAGAAAUGAUUUUUCUCAUUUUGCGAAAGUAUUCCGAUACGCUAUAUCUUAGAUAAUCGUUUCGUUUGUACGACGAGAGAUCGUUGGUUUCUUCGCGAAGGCACUAUAGACGUAAGAAUUAAAAAAUGCCAUGGCCUAUACUAGAACGUAACGAUACAAAGUAAUACACACACGCGCACGAGAGACAGAACGUUUCUCUACAACCUACUACUUUGGGGGCAUUGUUUCGAACCCUCGAACACGAGAAUGUCGACAUUUUUACAAAGCGAACUAAAAAUAAAAUGCGCGCGUGUGCAAUAGGGCGAGGAGUGAGCUGAGAAUGACGCUGAGAAAAUUGUAUCGCGCAAACAAAUUUAUUCAUUAUAUCGAUAAGCCUGUGAUUUUUUCCAAAGUACACGAAAGAACGACGUUCAGCAGAGGAGGUUGAGCUCUUCUUUUCGAUGGGCCGUCAAUCGAUUGUAAUACAGUACCUAAGCAUAAACGACAAGAAGGAGACAAAAGUGUCGAAUUCGUAUAAUAAUUAUUGUAUUACGCGCAAAAAGCAAACCGUGCACACACGUAUGUCGCCGUCCAUUGUAUAUGCCAGCCAUGCCCGUUUCUCGCGCCAGCAGUUUUCUUCUUUUUCUUCUUGUUAAGAGAUGCCGAUUUUUCGAGCACAAAAUAACGAAUAGAGAGUAAAACGUAACGCGAGGUAGCCGAAUUUGCAUCGAAUAUACGCUUCGAGACUCGCUCGAAGCGUACUUGCAACGUAGACUUCAAUUUUGCAAUUGUUGUUACAUAGAGAGCGCAUCCGAAGAGAUUUUUCGAGGGAAAAACUCGUGUAAAUAGCGAACUACGUAGCUGAAUUAUCGAGUGAAUAGAAUAAACAAAUGAGGAGAAUCGAGGAGCGAGGAGUGUGCAUUUUGAGAAGAAGAAAAGGAAGAACGAGAUGAAGAAGAAAAAAAGCAUCUAUAUUUUCGGAAAUAUUGAGAAUCCAUCGCGUGCGUAUGUAUACCCAUGAGGCAUAAUGUAUCGAUAAUAAUGUGCAUUGUAUAACGUGUACACGUACGGCACGUUUAACGUAAAAGCAAAAUGUUAUAAUGUAUAAUACACGACGAUUAAUAUCUGAAGACUAGUAUUCGAAGGUAUGAAUCUUUUGUUAAAGUGUGUCUAACUGUGCAGGUCACACUGUGUAUACACGUAUUAAAUGAAAAACAAGUGUAUAAAAAAGCAAAAAAUAAACGAUCGGAGCAUCCGUUUUGAGAA